CUUUUUAAAAAGUUUUAUCCUCACCGAUUGGGAGCAGAGUCUCCCCCUCCCCCUCUCUCUCUCUUUGCCGUGGAGCUCAUCAGACGACAGAGAAGUAGACGCCCAUGGAUAGACUUCUUCAACCACCGUCUUCUUCCAUACUCGCCCCCUCCAAAUCCCAAUUAAGAGCACCUCCGUUGCUCCUCCGUGUCCACCGUCUCGACUCUCCCAGUCUUAUCCCUGCCUCCCCGCGCCGGGUGAGUUCCAUCUCCUGCCUCUUCCGCCACAAUCCUUCGCCGACUACGUCUCCAGGAUCGAAUCAAGCUAGAAACCUCUCGUCUUCCUCUCCGAAAGCCGACGAGUCAAAACCUAAUCCAGGGUUUCUCGAACAGAUCGUGCGGAGUUAUGAGCAGAGAAAGACGUUAUCAGCUGGAACAAUCAUACUAAUCUCUGCCGUAGUGGCACUUUUGCUUAACCCCAUCGUUGCGCCACCUGCUUUUGCUAGCUUCCAAGCCGCUGCUAAAUCUAGCGGCGCUGCUGUUGGUGGGAAACUCCUCCGGACCGAAGUACUGACGAGUGCCUGGACCGGUUUCUUCGCUGGCUGCUUACACACACUCUCCGGCCCCGAUCACCUCGCUGCUUUGGCUCCACUCUCCAUCGGACGGACGAGGAUGGAGAGUGCUGCGGUUGGAGCUCUCUGGGGAUGUGGCCACGACGCUGGCCAACUCAUCUUUGGUCUCCUGUUUCUGCUUCUAAAGGAUAGGCUCCACAUUGAGGUUAUAAGAACUUGGGGUACACGAGUCGUGGGCUUGACCCUUCUUGUGAUCGGCGCUAUGGGGAUCAAAGAAGCUUCCGAAAUCCCUGAACCGUGUGUGGUUUCGUUGGAGAAUGGGGAGGAGACGGAUGAGAAGAGCUCAAAGAAGAAGAAGAAGAUAGGGUUUGCGACUUUUGCGACGGGGAUUGUCCAUGGGCUGCAACCGGAUGCUCUGAUGAUGGUGUUGCCCGCACUGGCGCUUCCUUCUCGGGUAGCAGGUGCUGCGUUUCUGAUCAUGUUCUUGCUUGGUACGGUGAUUGCGAUGGGGAGCUACACGGUGUUUAUAGGGUCUUGUAGCGAGGCGUUGAAGGAGAAGGUUCCUAGGAUCACGGAGAAACUAACAUGGGCGUCUUCUCUUGUGGCUAUUGGACUGGGAUUGGCAAUUAUUGUCAGCCAGUUCUUUGGAUUCAGCCUGUACUGAGAUGCAAGCAUCUGCAAGCCUUUGUAGCUUUUAGAAGAUUUGAUUUUUGCAUGUACCAACAAAGCCUGUAUCUUGCUUCAGAAUCCCUUUUCCUGCUGUUUGGAUUUGGCUCCCUAAUUUUGUGAGCAUUCUAUAUUUUGUAUUUUGCUAAGCUUUACCGAACAAUGUCAACCAUGAAUGCUUUAGAUAAUAUAAAGUAGGUGUAGCCAACU